CGAGCUCUUCUAUUUCCUCCCAGACGAGGCCCAGUUCGUCGCCGCUCUCAACGACAGCCCGUACCUCAAGAACCAGAUCUGCAGCAACAAGCUCAACGUGGAGCAGCUGCCGAUGGCGCCGCUCUCGGACCCCGAGCAGGUGUGCACGAGGCUCGACGCAGGGUGCGAGUACUAUUACGAACGCCUCCUCCCCACGGAGGAGCAGCUGCGAUUGCUGAUGCAGCAGCCCUCCCUAACGCCGAAGACGCUGAGGGCGAUCGAGAGCCACCGAACCUGGGGCAUCGACGAGCACGGGCGGUAUCGCUUGUACUACGCGUUUUUGGACGACGUCAAGGACGACAAGAUGCUUGGCUACAGACGCGAACGCGUCUUCUGGAAGAUUUCUACGAACCAGUAUCGGGUACUCCAGAACCUCAAUAACGCAUCCUUGGGUGGCCAAGGCAGCGAGCUUUUCCAUUGGAUGGCCGAAGCAGAGAAGGCGGCCUUGAGGCAGGACAAUGCAAUGGACGUCCCUUUCCUGAGCGCAGUGCUUGGCCUCCAGCCCAAGAAGAGGAGGGGCCCUAGCACAGAUGCCGACAGUGGCGCCGCAAGUGCCAGUGGAGGCACUCCGAAGCCCGUACUCGUCAACAAACGCGGGGUGCCGAACGACUCGACCUACGGAGCCUGGGAUCCCGAGCGCAAGCGUGGCCGCUGGACCCUGACAGCGAGACCCGACGCGGAGCAGACGACGCCACUGCUCCCUACUUUGAGUCCUUCUCCUUCGAGGGCGUAUCCGCGAGUGCCUGGUUUUUAUGCUGCGGUGUACUCGCCGCUGACCUCCGAGGCACUGGCUGCGCAUGCAGCUGCCACUGGCACUCCACCGAGAUCUGGUGCACCAUCACUGGCUUCACCGCCUCCAGGUGGCUCACAGGGCGACAACUACAGCUCGAUUGGAAGCGAGGACGGCGACGCGAAGGCGUUUUUCGCCGAGUGCCCGAAGGAGGUCCCCGAAAAGGCUGCGUACUGGAUCAUGAAGAACGACCUCCUUGCACACGUCAACGGCGCGAAGUUAAAGAACAGCAUCAAGGAGGCCAGGAACUUGCUUGAGCGCAUCCGAGGGAAACCUGAAUGGGCUGGCCCGUACUCCAAGCUGACGCAGCACAUGAACAACGUGGACAAGGUAUUGAAGAUUAGGAAGGAGAGGGUCGCCGCUGGAAUGGUGACGGACGAUGACAUCUUGACGAACAUCCAGCCCAUCCUUGCGUUGAGUGGCGGCGCCGACCUGCUUGACCCCUCCUACCAGUUUGCUCUCGUCACGCGCAAGUGCAACCUCUUGUUGCCCGCCGACUCCAGCAUCGACGAGACAAAUUCUUCGAUUAUUAAGGAUCUCUGGAACAAGAUCCGCCCUUGGACGGCAACGAUUGACCCCAUGGCAGACUCACUCGCUGAAGCGGAGAUGUUGGCUCAAUCUCAGCUGGACGGCUCACAACUACCACUACCAGGCAGUCAAGGCCCUGACUCUGGCUUUUCAGCACAAUUCGGCACUGAGGUCCCAGCUGGCUCGUUCGACGCCCUGAACCCGAAGGUAUCUGCCGUCAGGGCCAAGUCCACCUCGGAUCGCGCCAAAAUGUCAGCGUCAUAUGUCGUCGACAACUUGGUCUGCAGCGCAAUCCUAAAGGACGAGGGCAACAAUAACAAUACGUACCACAUGGCCAAGCACUUCAUGGAUGCCAUCCAGCACGAUUUGCAGGCGUGCGUGGUUCCAGCGCGCUACACAGCUUUCGCUUCCGACCUACUGACGACGAUGAGGCAGAUCAUGUUCUUGGUGGAGAUCGGCAGCGGUCGGGUACAUGCAGAUUACGCGGACAGGUACGAUGAGUUCAAGACAUACUGCGAGGCGGCCGACUCCCAGGCUGACCAGGGACACGCUGUCCAGAAGAGCGUCAACAGUGCCCUUGAGACUGCCGAGUGGUGGAGUAACCAGAUGAAGUUCGCGAUCGAGACGCACGAGGCGACGACGGCUAUCUUCAAGAACCUGGAUCCCAUCGACACUGCCUUGACCGCCUACCUGGCCACCAAGCCGGAAGGGCACGAAACAAUCGCCUAUGCGCCCCCUUGGGAACACAUGCGGACGUUUGUGGAGAACUACCACAAGUGGCAUGCCAACACCAACAAAGCAAUCGGAACGGCCUUCGAGGAAACUUCGGAGAGGUUUGUUGGCAGCAUGAAGUUCAUGAGAUCGGCGAUCAGCAAGUUACACGACGAUGGCACGCUCACCCAGUCCAUCGACCCGAGCAUCGACCUUCUCACUGUGGCAGUGAAGCAGUUCCCAGAACAAAGUACCUUGCAUACAACAUUGGAGGCGCUGAAGCAACUGAAGUUGGAGAAGAGCACCAGCCACUUCAGCGCGAGGGUGGAGACGGAUUGUAAGGCACUCCAGGCGGCGAUUUCUGUGGAUCGCGAUCAAUACGACAUCACUCUUGCAAGGAAGCUCCAAGCAACGGUGCACGAGCUGGCGGGCGUCAAGCUGAUCACCGAAGCCAAGAAGUGUCUGUUCAAGUCGCGUGUUCAAUUUGCGGGUUGGACGUUGGAGACGUGGUACAACGACAAGCAUCCGAUAGACAUGACUGUAGCCACCGACCUCCUCCUCAAGAGCUCCGACCUGAUCAAUAUUGGAACCCAGGACCCUGCUGCGCCUGCUCAGGAGAUUCGCGCCGUCGGCUUGCUCUUCAAGGACCUGCACAUGAACAAGGAGACGCAGGAGCUGCUCAUCGCGCAGGGGCUGAUGCAGGGCGAUGAUAAAGAGAAGGCGCUUGUGGACAAAGACAGGCACGCUGGCUACCACUCGAUCGCCAAGUUCAUGUCGCUGACCAAGUCGUCAGACCAAAUGCUCGGGGCCCUCUCGAAGAAUCCGAACUUCAAGGACGAGUUCCGUGCAAUCAAGUUGUUCCAGGGGGAACAGGAGAAGCUCUCUCAGACGGCUGCGGGCGGGACGGACGGCAAGCCGUGGCACGCGGCGUUGACGGAAGAGGUGACGACAUUCGACGCCGUGCUCGCGCUGGACCCGCUGGCGGACUACGCGGCCAUGCAGCAGAGGCAGCGCCAGGCAGAGCUGGGCGAG